GCUGUCACAGCAAUAAAGGCACAUGUAGGGAAUGAACAUUUAUAUAGCGUUCACUCUAAUUUUAAGAGCGUCUGCUUCCGGAAUUAUCACCUCGGUGGAUGGAUUUCCUCUGAAAAUUUUACAAAAUACACAGGUGAUAGCAAGAAUCUAGCUAUCGAAAUAUUAAGAGAAAAAAGAAGAGAGUUGAAGCUUUCGGAAGUUCAAUUGAAUUAAUAACUAUGAAUCUGUCUUGGAACAAUUUUACGAAGGACACAACUACCUCGGCUCCUACCUUAAGUCAGGAAGUUGCUCGACGAUUACUCCUGUUCUAUAUUAUCCAAACCACUGCUUACAUUGUGUUGUCCUCAGUUGCCCUCUUUGGUAAUACCUUAGUUAUUCUGGUUUUUGUCUAUGAUAGGAGACUUUUAAAAAAAUCCUACAACAUUUUGAUUCUGUCGUUGGCGGUCUCUGAUGUACUAAGCGCGGUCAUUGUGAUCAUGACUCAUGUCGCCAAUCAUUAUUUUCUCCCGUCAAACCCUGUUUAUGGAGCGAUCUUUUGUAAAAUUAUUGCGACCUUCUUCUUUCCAUGGCAGCUCUUGUUUUUCUCGGUUUACAUUUGUCUGCUGUUGUCGGUCGAGCGAUGGAUUGCCAUCGUGAAGCCACACAAAUAUAGUAGUAUUUUUAGAAGAAAAAAUGUUGCUGGAUGCAUUUUGGCGUCGUGGGUAUGGUCGUGUCUACUAAUGUCCUCAGCCAUAUUGGAUAUGGAAUACAAUCCCAACUCGGUUUUCCGGUGCAGAGUCAACAUCAUUGGCAAAGGCUCCUCGGCCAGGCUGUUUGUCGGUGUCUUCCAGGUGAUGAUGAUGGUUUUCUUUCCUUGCCUUGUCAUGAUUGGCUUGUACAUUCACAUGAUCGUUUCUGUAAAUUCGUCAGUGGUUGCGUCAGCGGAAAGCAAGGCUAAACUCCGUGGGAAGAUGACCCGGAUGGUCGCAAUUGUUUGCUUUAUUCUAAUCAUUUGCUAUACUCCAAGUCGAAUCUUUCUCUUCCUUGCAUUUACCGGAAACGUCAACAUAUAUAGUACGGUAAAUGGUGUUCUCUCUCUGUUGACAUUUUUCUCUAGCUGCAUCAACCCCCUUGUUUACGGAUUCAGCAACGGAAACUUUCGCCAGAGAUACAAAAAUGUUUUCUCUGGCUUGUGUUGAAGAUAUGCCUGAUAGACUAACAGGGAAGGUCAUAAAAGACAACAAAUAUAGCUCAAUUUCUGAGGCGCGAGAACAUUCAAAAAUGUGUUUGUAAGUUAUGUUAUUAGCUUUGUAAUCAACAGUCCGUAAGUCAGCUAACUGUAAGCUAGUCAGCCAGGCAGGCGGUGAGAUUUUUAGUCUGUUAGCCACGCAGUCAGUACCUAUCUGCCAGUCUGUCUGUGUCUUUCUGUUAGCCAACCAGCUAGGCAGUCAGCCCGUCAGUCAGCGAAACAACCAGUCAGCCAAUGGGGUCUGUUAAAUAAUAAAUUAGUAAGUCAGUCAGUCAGUCAGUUAGACCGUUAGUCAGACAUUAAGUUAUUUGGUAAGUUGUGCUAUUCCUGUCCUUUAGUCUCUCCUUGAAAGCAAAUUAACAUUUGUCCUUCAUGCCUCUCAGAGUGUUUCUCUAAGCCAUUUUCUGUGUGUUCUUUCUGCUCUGCUGUGGACCAUUCAUUUCCUAACACCAAAAAAGAGCUGUUAGUAGAACCUGACAGCAAAGCAAUUCCUUGGCUGUUAACAUGUAACUAAGGGAUUGAUUUUCUUGCUGAUCUCACCAUCAUGGUCAGCUGAGCUGGUUUGUUAUUUGUUUCCAUGCUUUUUCACGCCUUAUCGUAACAGUUUAUUGUAAUCGUGCUCUGUAAAAUCGUAUUAACUGUUCAUUGUUAGUUUUCCGAAGAAUGUUUUUUUUUCCUUUCUUUUGUUUACCUUUUUUGUUUUAAAUGUAAUAAAAAGCAAGUCUAAAGAGACAAGUCUUUAACAUUGAUUUAAAAGUAUUAAAAUGUCUCAUUUCGUAAA